AUGGCUUCUCACAGGAGGCUUGAGACGAUCAUCGAGGAGCCACACACAAUGUCCGAUAAGUUGUCAGAGAAGAGGAAUACUUCAGUGCAGGGCCAGCAUUCGGACGCGAAUUCACACAGAUCGGAAGGUCAAGAUGCUCGACAGUCGAUGGCCAAACAACUCCCAUGCGAACUGGAUGAGAAUGGCACCGGAUUUGAGGGAGUGUUGUACUGCAUGGAUGCCACCUUGCUGCGGGACUUCGCUCUCAUACAGUCAACAUUUCGACGUGCUGCGGGGCAUCUGGAUAUACCCAUUGAGGACGUCUUUUCUUGUUUCAAUACCUUUCGACUGGAUACAGAGGCCGAGGAGGAUGAAUUCAGGCUCUAUGAGAAGUUCUACACAGUGAACAUUGAAGAGGAGUCUAUGCGAGUGCCUUCAACGAUAAUGAAUGAUAACAAUCCUGAUCCUGAGCAUGUAUUCAGCUGCUGGAAGCAGUUCAAAAUUGUGUACCCCGUGACUUGGCCUUCAAUUCUCAAGCUCCAAGAGAAGAUAUGUAACAUUCCUCGAAGCCGCAAUCUGCCUGAAGACCGAAAGCGUAUGCUGGGCUAUUUCAUACAACAACUGGCGUCCUCGAUGGAACAGUUGGAUAAACUCGCCGAAAGUCAUGGGCUGCAUUCCGUGCUCAUAGUUGCCGGUAACGAUAUUGUAAGAGAUGAUGGUGUUGGGAUGGCAUAUGAAUCGUCGCAAAGCCUGGAGUUCUUGGGCAAGCUCACUCGGUCCUCGACGGACGAAGCGGUCGAGCAUCUCAAGGCCCAUGUCUGGCAUAAUCAUUCUACCGCACUAUUGGCUCAGGAAUUCGACUCCCAAACAGUUCGGGAUGAA